CGUUGCACGUCUUUCGUGACCGUGAGUGCUAGAACUGCUAGGCGGUUUGAAUUGAACAGAAGUACGGUGAGCAGCGAAUUCAGUGGGUGUUCCUGCGGUACGGUAGCGUGUCGCGCUCACGGCUGUUUACUCUUUUGCUCCUUCCCGUCAACAUUCUCAUCGCGGUUCUUUUUCUCACGGACACGGAAGAACGAGAAUACAAUUGAGAACCGAUCGAGUAAUAACGUAAAGCAGUGCGCAUCGGUCAUUGAAGUAUACGAUAAACGCGCGAAUCUCUGCCGGCCGGUAUUGCCGGUAACGUGAUUUUGGGAGGGCGAAAGCGUAGGUCGGGAUCGACGACACGACAGCCGCAAAACCUGUCUGUCUGAUAACCACACACGGCGUCAUCGAGAGUUUUUCACCACGUUCGACGGUGAUACGACAGCGGGUUUGUUCGCCACUGCGAUUACAUCGAUUGCAUGAUGUCGAAUGAGGAGGAGAACACUAUACCGAAUGUGAUAUACGACAAGAACACCGGCAAGAGUUAUAUUAAGGGCCGGUUCUUUGGGAAGGGUGGAUUUGCAAAAUGUUACGAAAUCACAGAGUCAAAGUCUCACCAGGUAUUCGCGGGGAAAAUCGUGCCAAUGUCACUGAUGGCGAAACACAAUCAAAGAGAGAAAAUGACACAAGAGAUUGCGAUUCACCAGAGCUUGAAUCACAGGCACAUCGUUGGCUUUCACGGUUUCUUCGACGAUAACAAAAAUAUUUACAUCAUCCUGGAACUCUGUCGCAAGAGGUCGAUGAUGGAACUGCACAAGCGCAGGAAAGCGCUGUCGGAAUGCGAAACACGAUACUUUAUGAAGCAAAUUUUAGAUGGAGUUUUUUAUCUGCAUCAAAACAAAAUAAUUCACAGGGAUUUAAAAUUAGGCAAUUUGUUUUUGAAUGACGAUUUGCAAGUCAAGAUCGGUGAUUUCGGAUUGGCGGCCAAAUUGGUGCACGACGGUGAACGGAAAAAAACUGUUUGUGGUACUCCAAAUUACAUUGCUCCAGAAGUGCUCACGAAAAUUGGGCAUUCUUACGAAGCUGAUAUAUGGAGUAUUGGUUGCAUAAUGUAUACCCUACUUGUGGGCAAGCCGCCUUUCGAGACGUCAAGCCUGAAGGAGACAUAUUCAAGGAUUAAACAAGUGCAGUACAAGACACCGCAACAUAUUAGUAAACCUGCCAUGAAUAUGGUGGCAAACAUGUUACAAUUGAAUCCUUCAAAACGUCCAUCCGUCGCUAGACUAAUGAGAGACACAUUUUUUACUUCUGGAUACAUGCCAACGAGUUUGCCGCUUUCAUGUCUGACAAUGGCACCACGUUUGGAUAUGCUCGAAUCACACUGCAAUCGUAGACCACUCGGUGAGAUGAACCUCAACGGUUACACGGAGCAAGAGAUCCUUUCCUGCCGAGUGCCGAACAGUCCAUCACGAAAAAUUAAAUCUAAUGAAAUUACUAAUGAGCCACAGAGAGUCAAUCUCGAUAUCAGGACGAUGCUUCAGACGUUGAAAGAGCAGAUAGGUAUCGUGUUGAAAAGUAAGCCUGCUAGGGAGACAAUUUCUUCAGCAGAUGAAUUGACUGAUCCGGCAGCGCAACCUGUGAUUUGGAUCAGUAAGUGGGUAGACUACUCGGAUAAGUAUGGUUUCGGAUAUCAGUUGUCUGAUGAUAGCGUCGGCGUGAUGUACAAUGACGGCACGCGGUUGAUUAUGAUGGCGAAUGGUUACAAUAUUCAUUAUAUCAAUCGCGAGGGCGAGGAGUUGUACUACACGGUUAAGGAUUGUCCCAUUAAUCUCGAAAAGAAAAUGAAACUGAUGAACUUCUUUAUGAAAUACAUGAAUGAGCACCUGAUGAAGGCGGGUGGCUCUAUCGCAGUGAAACAAAGUGACUCUCUCUCUAGAAUACCUUACAUACACCAGUGGUUUAGAACUCAGACAGCUGUGGUAAUGCAACUGACCAAUGGCACAGUGCAAAUCAACUUCCUGGAUCAUGCAAAGAUCAUUAUGUGUCCAUUGAUGACGGCAGUUACCUAUAUCGAUCACGACAAGAACUUUAAGACUUACAGAUUCCAGACCAUUCAGGAAAAUGGUUGCUGUAAAGGAUUGGCUGACAAUCUAUUGUACGCGUACGAGAAGAUCAAACUGAUGCUGCAGAAUUCUCAUGCCCGAUAAAAAUGAUAAUAAAAUUAUCUCUGCCACGGAAAAACGAGAAAGAAAGAAGAGAAAUAGCAAGUGCCUUUCUUAGCACUAUAAAUUUAGAGGAACGCGACAUAUAUGUAUUUAUUUUCUGAUAGCGUUGUUUUGUAGCAAAAGAGAGAAAGAGA